GUCUUUGCAUCAUUGAACUUUUUGACAUCGCGACCACCGAACUACCCUUACAUCACCCCUUCACCCUGUCUGCUCGAACUCCUACACGUGCAAUCAAUCUACUUCGACACCCGCUGUGUUUUCAACAUCGACUGCGCGAACACAUUCACCAGAAUGGCGACACCGAACCCCGUACAAAAUGUGCCCCUCCCACCAGAAGAGCGCCUUGCCCUCGAGCAACAAGCCCGUUACCAGCGCAUAACACGCAACCUCGCCAUCGGCGGCCUCGUAUUAUGUCCAAUAAUAGCCGUACUCCCACCACGAAAACUAGACCUCUACACAUUCUCUCUAGGCAUCGGCUUCUACCUCUCCGCCGAUCAUCUCAUCACACUACGAACAGGCCGCGGCCUCGUACAGAAUCUCAGUCCAAUGCGAGCCAUGGAUCUACCAACCGAACGCGCAAAGGAGAUGCAGAAGAUAUUGCAAGAGGAAAGGGAAAGGAGUAGAAGGACACUGGAGCGGAAGGAAGGGCAAGAAAAGGGUAUACUUGGGAAGCUGUGGAUGGGUGAUGAGGAGGAGGGUUGGAAGGAGCGGCGAUUGGAGGAAGAAAAAAAGGCGAUCGAAGAGGGAAAGAGCUAUGGCGAUAUGAUAUUUGAACAGAUUUGGGAGGUCUGGAAUUGGGACAAGAAGAAGGGAAAGGACGGUGAGAGCAAGAAGGAGUGAACACGUUUUUGAGUCUGCAAAGCCGCAUUCUCUUGUAUAAUACGCAUGUACGAUAUCGCUUUUGGGAAGGACUGCUCUUCGUUGUCCUUACGGUAGGGUAUCCGGAGCCGACUAGUAGUGGCAACGCGUUCAUGAGGUGAUGACCUAGAUGUCUUAACGAAUAUAGAGACUAUGAUCUUUGGAAACAAA